UGUGUCCCUUUUCAUGUUCUGUCAAUCAAGCAGAAAGUGAAGGAAAUAAACACACUUCCUGUUGAGUCAACCACUGGCUGGCAUCAUGCAAGACUCCUACCAACAUUCAAGACUUUGCUAAUGUUGAGAAGGAGAACGAAGACGGAGGUAACAAGAAAAAAAAAUCACAAAGAAGAUUCUCGUCUCGUGUCUAAAGUACUGCAAAAAGAAUAAAGAAUGUGAAGACAUAUGUGACCGGAAUUCUGUAUCCAUCUACUCUGCAGAAUGAGACCAAGUUGUCCAGCAAAAGUGGAAAAUGAAGGACAAACCAUUUAACACAGACAGGAGUGCUUACAAUGGGAAAGAGCAAAGUGGAAGUACUUAAUGUAACCAAUCAACAUUCAUCUUCCUGUUACAUACAGACAAAAGGUGGAAUCUGACUGGCUGUUCUCCCUCUACUGGAAAAUGCAUUUAUUUACUCACUGACAUUAAUUAUAACAUGUAUUGUACAUGUAUAUAUAUAUAUUUUUUUUACCCAGUGUUCAUUACGGCACCAUCAAUAAGGAUUCCCUGAGGCAUUUGGAAGGACAUCGAUAAACAUGGAUGGUUGUAACACUAGUUCCAUUAGUAGCUCUGAAAAAUGUGCCACAGAAGGAAUAGACAUCCAGUGCUACCUGAUCCUGAACAGCAGUGCACAGAAAAUCUUCAUAGCAGUGCUUUGUAUUAUAACAGGAACUGUGUGUAUCCUGGAGAAUUGUUUGGUCCUUUCCAUGAUCUUCACUUCAGUUCAUCUCAGAAUGAAACCCUCGUUUCUCUUUAUUGGCAGUCUGGCUACAGCGGACUUACUGGCCAGUCUUAUUUUUUCCUAUAGUUUUGUUGACUUUCAUGUCUUCCAUGGAGCAGGUACUCCUUCCGUUUUCUUAUUCAAACUCGGUGGUGUCACAUUAUCCUUCACUGCAUCCCUUGGAAGUCUACUUCUUACAGCAUUUGACAGGUACAUCUGUAUCUACAGACCCUCUAGGUAUAAAGCCAUAGUCACCCGAAAAAGAGCACUCCAGGCAUUAACUGUAAUGUGGAUCGGGACAACAAUUAUCUCCUAUCUACCGCUUAUGGGUCUAAAUUGCUGUAAUCUAGAUUCAGACUGCUCAGAACUUUUUCCCUUGAUUGACAAUAAAUACUUAGCGAGUUGGAUUUUCCUUAUAUUUAUUCUUCUCGGUGCCAUCAUUUUUUCUUAUGCUCACAUCUUAUGGAAGGCACAUAAGCAUACAAUUUAUAUGGUAAGACACAACUUACAAACAGAUCGUGGAGAACGUCGUAUGAGAAUGGACGUCAUGCUGGCCAAAACCUUAGUCUUGGUUUUGAUUGUACUUGUGGUGUGCUGGACUCCUUCUCUCAUUCUUAUGGUACACAGCUUGCUCUUUCCACUGGACGGGAAAAUAAAAACCGUUUUUGCUUUCUGCAGUACUCUUUGCUUGGUCAACUCCAUGGUCAACCCUAUAAUCUACGCUCUAAAAAGUAGAGAACUCCGCCGCAGACUAAUCAGGUAUCUCAAGAAGGUUAAAUGCCUAAAGAAAUUCUUUAAGAGUCCACCGGAGGUGGAAGGGACUCAGAAGAACGUGGAGUUAGAAAACACUUGUGAUGACACUCUUUGCGACACUGAGUUCAGUAAUUAAGAAUGAUCAAAUUUGCAGCACUUUGAUAUGAAUUUGCUUUUCUGAUUGCUACAUUGAAGAAAAAAAAAGGCUUGAAAAGUUGGAACGCGGGACUUGGUUUGCAAGGCAGAAUGCUAUUAUAAAAUGGAUAUGUGAAGUAUGAGAAGUACUUAGGCCCGGAUUCACGUAGCACUUACGCCAACGUAUCUCGAGAUACGCCGCUUAAGUGUAAAUGUGC